AUGCACCAUAUCUUGAUGCGAUCUACCUGUAGGAUCACUUUAGUGGUGAUUGCUGCGAUUCUGGUGCUGGUACCGACCGUCGCAGCAAAGGAGUGCACCUUUUUCCAACGAGCACAACUCAAACGUGUAGCAGCUGUGUACUUUAGCGUUCCCGACUGUGCCAGUGGUGCGUUUGACAGUAAUAACGCCUCCAAAAGUGAGUAUUGUGCGGGUGACUGCUUAAAGCUCAUGCGCAAACUGCUGCCCGACAUACCUGACUGUGAAUUCGAUGACAACAAUCUCGGGGAAUCGUACGGGAUCCUGGUGGCAUGGUGCGACGAGACGGCUACGUCGGAUUCCAGCUCAGCUUCAGCUUCAUCUGCUCCCGACGACUCGAACUCAACUACCGCCACGACGGCUACGGCUCCCAAUUGCACCGUUGAGGAUGUAGCUAUCAUCAAUGAAAUCAACCUGGAAGCGGAGGAAAGCGACUACUGCAACGGAAAUGUGUCUGCAGACGUCAUCACCAAAGUUGCAUUCUGUGCCGACCUCACGUGCGUUGCGUACUUGGAAAAUAUGGAGGCUCGGCUGCCUAACUGCAGCUACGAAGACUUUAACGCAAAGCACGUGAUCUCAGAGGCGGUUGCACUCUGCGACGACGCCGUUGUGAUGGUGCCAAACUCGACGAUGUCCCCUGCGACCACACCAGUACCUACCGAAACGACGAUCCCAACACCCGUCCCAUCUUCAUCGAAUUCACAAGCAAUAGACACACCCGCGACUACCGAGUCGGCCGGUGUUGCCCUGAAUUUCAGUGCAAGCAUCGUGGUGGUGAGUUCAAUUAUUGUGCUUGCUUGGAUUAGCUUAGGUAUGGUCUCGCAGGACAAGACGGACGACGCCGAGGCCAGUAACGCCAAGUACGCAUGCUUGUGGACCCCCAACGCGCAUAGGAGGAUUGACUUGGAUGAAUGCAGUGAAGGAGGGCUGCUAGACUAUCGUCGUUGA